GAAUAACCACUGGUGUAUUUUUACACAAGGUGUUUUAUGUCCCUUUAAGAGCUUCCGGUUUGCCCUCUCUUGCAUAAAAGGCAUGUGACUGUCACAACUCACGAGAUAAACAGUAGCAGCUUCCGCAGUAAACUUCAUGUGUUAACCGCCGCUGGACGAGCAGCAGUCUGGGUGAAAUUCUUCAAAAAUGGGCCACUGUGUUUUCCUCGUUUUAGCGGCUUUGUUUUCCGUCACAUCGACCCAGUUCAUCCCACCGUACACAGAAGAAUGUCGGACAGAAAUGUAUCCACCAAACGGUCCCACGUUCAGAGGAGCUGUCGGUUGGUACACAGUGGACCUCGACUUACCGCCUCGCAAGAGAUGGACCGAUAUAAUCACUGCCAAAAAAACUGAUCUGGUCAACAUGAUCCAGGCCAUCCGAGACUUGGCUAAUGCGUUUGUGCCCAGUGGAAGGCUGAUAGAGCUGGUUGACAUUACGCUGCCUCUGAUGGUGGACACUCUUCCAAGCCCUUUUGGUGAGGAAAUCAAAGGAAUUGCAGCUGUUUCAGAGAUUCCUCUUGGUGAAGUUGUCUUGUUCAACAUCUUCUACGAGGUGUUCACUGUGUGCACAUCAGUUAUUGCAGAAGACAAUAAAGGUAACCUCAUUCAUGGUAGAAAUCUGGAUUUUGGAUUAUUUAUGGGCUGGGAUGUGAAAAACAAGUCAUGGAUCAUUAGUGAGAAGCUGAAGCCUCUGGUUGUGAACCUCGACUUCAAGAGAAAUAAUCAGACCGUCUUCAAGUCUACAAACUUUGCUGGAUAUGUUGGCAUGCUGACUGGCGUCAAGCCUCACAUGUUCACUCUGACCAUGAAUGAGCGCUUUAGUCUCGAUGGAGGUUACAUUGGAAUCCUGGAGUGGAUCUUGGGGAAGAGAGAUGGGAUGUGGAUGAGCUUCCUCACUCGCUCAGUCCUAGAGAAUGCAAACAGCUAUGAGGAAGCCAAAAGUCGCCUGUCUCAGACCAAGCUGCUGGCCCCAGCUUACUUCAUCCUCGGAGGAAACCAGACCGGCCAGGGCUGCAUCAUCACACGAUCCAGACUGCUCAGCAUCGAUCUCUUGGAGAUUGACCUGAAUCUGGGCCGCUGGUAUGUCCUGGAGACAAACUACGAUCAUUGGAAGGAGCCUUUGUUCCUGGAUGAUCGCAGAACUCCUGCCAUGAGGUGCAUGAACCAGACCACACAGACAAAUAUUACACUGAAGACCAUGUAUGAUGUCCUCUCCACCAAACCAGUGCUAAACAAGUUGACUACAUACACAACACUGAUGCAAGUGUCUGAGGGAAAACUGGAGUCGUAUAUCCGCGACUGCCCCAAUCCCUGCAUGCCCUGGUAACGCUGCAUCCACUGAACCUUGAUCAGUUUGUUAAUGCCUAUCUGCAUGGAGAAGCUGUGAUAAAGACAAGCUUCGCUGAUCUUGGGACAUAAGUAGAAUUUAUUCCUUUUAACUGUUUGCACAGCUAUCAAAUCACAUGAGCCAAAGUUUAUCUUUAUAUUUGUGUUUUGGUUUUCAGCUUUGAAAAUACUGAAUGUUUUGAUUGUUUUUUUCUGUAAUAAGGAAAAUGUACAAAAGUGAAUCAAACUGGUAAAUGUUGUCCCGAUGUGUUAGUUGCAUAGUGAGUCCAUCAGUGAUCUCAACAUGGGCAUAGGAACCCCUGAGAUAAAGGCUUGUGUGUAAUUCAAUUAAUGCAAAAUAUGGUUACAAUCUUUAGUUAAAAUUCUCAAAUCCGCUCAACAUUUAGGCCUUCUUCAUUAGGUUCUGUCUUUGAAUCCAGGUCCAUGUCAAAACGUUGAACCAGGUUAGUUAGUUACUGUCUCACCACAUAAUCACUGACCGUUUUACACACUGAUACUGACAAAUGUACCUUGUGGAUGACUUUUUGUUUUGUUUUUUUAAAGAUGGUUAAUAAAAUUAUUC